UUCUAGGCAAAAUUAGCUUUUUACACUUCUUUUCAUUUCUCUGUGUAGCUUGGUUCGUUAUAAUCGUAUUUGAACUAUUUCAUUUGUUUUAAAUUGUAUUAAUCAAAGCGAUGAAGAAACCUUCGAUACUUUGGAUUUGUUAUCUUGUGAUUCACUUCGUUACAGUUUCCAUUCAUGCUAUAGUUUAUCCAAGUAUGAUCUCUGCUCCAAAAAGGUUCAUAAACGUCCCUAUUGGCGAGACUGUGUCAUUUAGGUGGCACUACAAUUCAGGAGAUCUAAAGAAUGAUCUUUUUGAGGUUGUGUUUGGUAUUUGGAAGAGUCCUGGCUUCCUGAAAACAAAGUUGAUAGCUGUCAACUCGAGUGGUUUUGCCUCAACAAGGUCUUCAUAUAAGUCCUCCGUGGGUUGGGCAGGAAAUUUGACAUCCUCUGUCGCAGUGUUUGAACUUUACAAUGUAAAACUUGAAGAUGGCAAGACGUAUGGAAUAGUGGUAGAAUACGGACUUCAGAAUACCCCGUUGACCGACUCGGUCCAACUUCAAGUUGAGUCCAGAGGUCCACCAGAAACCGCUAUUCCACAACAGACAGAUGUCUCCACAGAUACGAGAGCAACAAGUACAUGUACAGGAUCUCUAGAUACAUCGGAAGAACCCGGCGUUUCAGUGCCAAGAAAAUCCUCGGAAGAAUCCUCCUUUAAAUUGGUGGUGGCAUGUGGAAUCAUCGUAUGUAUUGUGAUAUCACCAAUUGUGGGCCUUUACUUUCACCAUCAUAGAAAAAGCCCUAAAAAUGGUGUAAAUAAUUAUAGCUGCAAGACAUUUCUUGUACAUGACUAACCCUUAUUCAUUAAAAGCAACAAAAAUGAAUUCGGCGUUUGAUCCUGGGAGAUUCAUGCUAAGAAAAUUAAAAGGUCUAAACACCGUGUUACUGCUCUAACAGCAUCAGUUAUGUUUAAUGUAGCACGCCAAAAGUUUCAAACGUCGGAUUCAUUUCAAUCGAACCAAACUAAGCGCGUUUGAUGUAAAUAUAAUUCCACCGAGCUGGUAGGUUUACUAAUUCUAAAUAUCCGAUUAGUAGUUCAAAACACAAGUGCGUUGUAAGGUGAACCAACUCAAUGAUGUAAAUUACAAUAAUUUA